AACCGCAGAGCCACCGAUACUGCUAACCGAAGCUGGCUGUCCUGUCCCGCCUUACGACUGUUUAACUCCCUCGCUUCUAAACCUAACCGAAUGGGCUGCGGAAAGCCUGUCGGUUCGCUGCAGUAGUCGCGUGUGUUGAGUGUCCAGCGUGAAUCCAGUGUCCGAAGGGUCAAUCUGCCUCACUGCAGUGCAGCCGCUGCUGGAGCCAAGCAGAACCACAAUGGCGACUCCCAGUCCCAGCACCAAUUCACCAGCUAGCGCUGCGGGAUCCGCCUUACACACGCAACACUUAACGACAACGAGCAACAUGCAGGAUUCCAGCACAUGCUGGAGGUGUCAGAAUGAAACCGGAUUUCAGAUCAAUCUGUCUGGAGUAACCCAAAGCAAACGCAAAGCACUUAAGUUAAACUUUGCGAAUCCGCCAGUUAAACCGACCGCACGACUCCCCAUCACGACAGCUAACCCUCCGUUCCAGAAUCCACACAUAGAGCGGCUGCGGACGCACAGCAUCGAGUCCUCAGGCAAGCUGAAGAUUUCUCCAGAGCAACAUUGUGACUUCACGGCCGAGGACCUCAAGGACCUGGGGGAGAUCGGGAGAGGAGCGUACGGAUCCGUUAACAAGAUGGUGCACAAACCCAGCGGACAGAUCAUGGCUGUCAAGCGGAUUCGCUCCACGGUGGAUGAGAAGGAGCAGAAACAGCUUCUGAUGGAUUUAGAUGUAGUGAUGAGGAGCAGCGACUGCCCGUAUAUUGUCCAGUUCUACGGAGCCCUAUUCAGAGAGGGCGACUGCUGGAUAUGUAUGGAACUAAUGUCUAUCUCCCUCGACAAAUUCUACAAAUAUGUAUAUUGUGCAUUAGAUGAUGUGAUUCCAGAGGAAAUAUUAGGCAAAAUUACAUUAGCAACUGUGAAAGCACUGAAUCACUUGAAAGAAAACUUGAAAAUAAUCCACAGAGACAUCAAACCCUCCAACAUUCUCCUGGAUAGAAACGGCAACAUUAAGCUGUGUGAUUUUGGCAUCAGCGGGCAGCUGGUCGACUCCAUCGCCAAGACCAGAGAUGCUGGCUGUAGACCGUACAUGGCUCCUGAACGGAUCGACCCCAGCGCCUCCAGACAGGGCUAUGACGUCCGCUCGGAUGUGUGGAGUUUGGGAAUCACGCUGUACGAGCUGGCGACGGGACGCUUCCCGUACCCCAAAUGGAACAGUGUGUUUGAUCAGCUGACACAGGUGGUGAAGGGAGACCCGCCGCAGCUCAGCAACUCCGAGGAGAGACAGUUUUCACCCAAAUUCAUCCAGUUUGUCAAUCUAUGCCUUACAAAGGACGAGUCAAAAAGGCCAAAGUACAGAGAACUGCUGAAGCAUCCAUUCAUCCUGAUGUACGAGGAGCGGAUCGUGGACGUGGCCAGUUACGUGUGCAGGAUUCUGGAAGAAAUGCCGGCGUCUCCCGGCUCGCCCAUGUAUGUCGACUGAUGGUGAGCGGCCUGUUGGGAACACAAGACGGUCCGGCCACCAUUUGGUGUACAUACAGCGCCUCACACGAAACACACGGCCCUUCACCAACUCUCAUUUCACUGCAUUUACCGCAGCACAUCCUACUCUCAACGUUUGACGCUUUAGUUUGAGUGAAACUCUAUUUCAAUGUGCCACAUUAAAACGCUUGUGUGCCGAAAUGUGGCUUCGCUUUGCUGUACGCAGUCGGAGAACAAACGUUGGGUGUAGGAUUUAUUCUCGUUUGUGAAAUGCAAGUCUUGGUUAAGGGUCUUGAGUAUUUCUGCUAGACAUCGUAAUUGUACCUUCACUUCAGUGUGAACACAUGAUUGCGUUCAAAGUGAAAUACUUCCCCAAAAACAUCUUGUGCAAUACGAAUCGGCUCUCAUUUAAAAGCCAUUUACAUCAUGGUGUGUAAACAAGCUUCAGAUUUAGCAAAUCGACCUUCUACAUGUAUGUGUAUGUGUGUGUGGGGAAUCAUUUCGAAAUAUAAAUAAGCAAAACUUGAAUUUGCUCAUUUAAGACAAAGACCAUCAGAUAAGUUGAUGUGCUUACCGAAAUGAAUCAUAAGAGGAGGAAAAAGCAUCCGUACUGGUGUUUUUCUUCGUUCGUGUACAGACACAUCACUCGCUCUUUAUUUAAUGAAACAAAGGUAUGCAAAGGUGUUGUUCUGCAUCAAUGACGUGUGUUAAAGUAGCUUUACUCGCUCAGUAUGCAAUAUAAUGUCACGAUGAUCCAAAUGGUUUUCACUCCAUCAAAGAGAAUCCAGUCUGGUGUCUGAAUGCAGACGCUGCUCGUCACUGUAAAUGUGUAUUUAUACAGACUCCACGUUGCCAAAUCGGAAGAUUCGCAGAUUUCCCACAAGCUCACUUUUAGCAUGUUUAUAGAGGGUCUUGGUUGGUUCGUGUGGGAUACGGCUGAUAAUUCAUUCAUAGGUCACUUAUUUUAAAAGAUGUACAGCGUUCAUCAAACAUCGGUCUGAUUGUAUAAUAAUACAGUGCUGGAUAGCGUUCAGAGAGUUUCAUGUUUUGAUGAUGGAAGUCAAGAAAUCGACUUUCCAGAUUCACGGCAGAAAAUCUUCUCGAAUGCAGUUUAAGAAAUAAUAGGGGCACAUCACGAACGUGGGGUGAAAUCAUUUGAAGGGCGAUGUGUAUUAUUAUAUGGAAACUAUGUACAGAAAAAAAUCACUGUGAAAAUAUUUUACGUGUGCGGUGAGAAGAGUAAAAAUUGUAAAAGGAAAUGUGCAGGGAUACAGCGUACUAUAUUGUAUAUUAACCUCUGACAGCAUUGUGUCUUAUACACGUCACAGUUAACAAGGACAUCAGCUGGCGGUAUGAAUAUGAUGAGCAUGUUUGCCUGCAGGUCAGUGGGUUAUUGUCAUUCUGCUCUGUUAGAUCUGAACACACGAUGGGCUCGAUGCUAGAAUAAAACCAAUACUCAGCCAUUCACCGUCUCGCAUUUAUUCAACACCACUGUGCAACCUUCAACCAAUCAUGCAUUUGACGUACCUGCGCUGAAAAAAAAAUUGCUUUCGUUUUCACUCAGUAAUUGAUAGUAAAUUUCACAGUUACAAAGAAACGUUGAAUUAAAUGUGAAAAGCCGAAAGAUUGAUAUUGCAUUUUCUCGUCAAACUUACUCUGAUGAUCUUUGAAAAAUCUUUUACUAUAGUGCACGCAGUCUGAAACUAUAAAUAAUCAUCAUUAAAAAGCUCAAAAGGAGUUUUUUUGUUAAGUCAUCAAGACUGAGUCGGUCUGUUCGUUUUAUGUUUGUUUAUUGAACUCUGGUACAGUAAUACAACGGUGGAGACAAAUACUGGGACAGUUUAUAUGGUAACGUUGUUCAGUGGCCAAGCAAUACAAAAGCUUUCUGUCAUACGUAUAUAUUUCCCCCAGGAGAAUCAAAAGAACCAGAAAUAAGACAAAACCUCCGUUUUCCAGAGAGGUGAAGAGUAAUAGUGAACAUUUGUGCAGCACAGACGCUUUCUGACACAGAAACACAGCUUACAAUCGAGAAGAAACAAACUAUAUAAAGGGGAAUAAAAUACAAGAUCGCAAAGUCACUUCUACUGGGUGCUCCAUUCAUUGGCCGAUAUCAAACAUAGAAAAAUAAAAUCUACAGGGUUAUGUGACAUUCUUUACACAUAAACAUAAAACUUUACACAUAAUUCAUUUUGUUUAUAGACCUAAUUUCUUAGCUGGUCGUAUUAAAAGUACUGUAUGAAACUACUUUAUGUGUAAAAAAUAGAGUCUCUAAUGCUCUACUGUGUUUAAUACUGAGUCUUGAAUAUAAAACAGAGCUUGCUCUUGGUCUGUAAUGCCCUUAAUGCUUAUUCACUGAACUAAAACCCAGGGUUUAUUUUUUUACAAAACUAUUUAUAUAAAAUCGGAUUGUCUGAAUUAUGCUUUGAGUUCAUUUGUAUCGUAAGGCCUCACGGCUCUAGAAAAGGCACGAUAAAGAGAUUCUAAAGAUCUGUACAAAAGCAUUCAGUGGCACAAAACAUGAUUAAAAACCAGUAAAUAACAAAUACAAACAUAUUUCAUGAAAUGAAAAAAAAAUCUAUUCACAGUUUAAGCUUUUGGUGAGCUAAUUAUUAUUUAUGUAUAUAUAUAAAAAAAUUGCUCUGCUAAAUCAGUGACCAGUAUUAAAAUCUAAAACGAAGGAUUUUAUUUUAAAAAGUUCUAAAAAAAAAAUAAAAAGUUAGGUCCCAAAUUUGCCACAGUACAGUUUCACAGUUGAACUUAUAUAAUCUAUAUAUUAGAAUUGAUUCUUUACAAGUGCUGGUAAAAAUGGCCAUCACAGUUAGUGAUGUAUUGCUUUUGAUUCAGGAUGUUUUGAUUGUCAUUUAAGAUUCAUACAACGUGAUUUAUUGGACUUUAGUGAGGUUUCAAUGAGAAACAGGGAUGGUAAGUUAACAAAUAAAUCAGAAAGUAUUAAAAACCUACUGUUUGUGUGUCAGAAAAUGUCACCACUAUAGUAAACAUGAUUUUUCACACUUGUGUCCUCAUUGUUUUAAUCACUCUUUUAACUACGAGUAAGUUUACUCUAACUUUUGUUCUUAAUGAAAAGGAAUGUCUCAUAAAUAUAUAUUAAUAUGCCAAUGAAAAGAAAAGGUUGAAAUAAAUACAUCAGAAGAGAAAGAAACUAAAAAAAAAAGAGCUAAUGAAUGUUCAAAAUAACAGAAGUGGCAGUAAUAAUAAUAAUCUAGAAUGCAAAACAGACUUUGGGGAAAGAAAUUAGCAAAAUAUGAUCUUUUGACCGGAGAUGCUGGCUUGAUCGUGCUAAAAUACAGUUCAGUUCUCUAGAGAUUUAGUGAUUUUCUCUUUCACAUGAAGUGUGAGCAUUAACAUUAUGGAAGCUUGUUUCUGCAAUGACAUAAAAGUAAAAAGAUAAUUGCAAAAUCUUAUCUCACAGUCUGGACUUUUCCCCCAAGAAUUACAAGAUAGAAAGUAGGGCUGUGCGAUAUGG